AUGGAGGUGUUGAGGGUUAUGGGUUGGGGGUCUGCUGCAUCCAGGGAGGGGCUGUGUGCUAUAGGCAGCCUCAGUGGAGGGGUGCAGGUCUUCCCCAUGUCCCAGCCUGGCGCAGGGGUGUUGUCGAGGGCAGGGCCAGGAAAGGUCCACAGUGUGCUGUGGGUGGGGCAGGCAGAGGGACAGGGGAUACCUGCUGGCGUCCGGGGCAGAGGGGCUAGUCUAUCGUCGGCAGGUGGAGGUAGAGAUGAGAGACACAGGACUGGCUCUAAGGGAAGAACCACUCUCUCUGUCCUCCCCUCCUGCCUUCCUGUGCAAAACGCUGGCUCACUGCUGUAGUUUACCUCAACCGUCCACAGGGGGCACUGUGGGUAUGUGGAGACAGGAGAGGAUCACUGCUUCUUUUUGAAGAGAGAAAACACCAGCAAGAGAAGAAGAGGGGAGAUGGAGCAGAGCAUAGGUAUGAAGAGAUUGGAAGAGAGGCACGUAAUGGGACGGUUGAAAGCAAUGAUGAAAAAGGGGAUGUGACAGUCAGAGAGGUGGAUAAGGAUAAGAGAGAGGCCAGCCCUCCAGCCUGUGAGCUCUCUGUUUGGGGUGCACGGGAAGCAGGGGGUGACGUGGGUGUGUGAGCACCGGGGGCUGCUGUACAGCGCAGGUAGAGAUGGCUGUGUGAGAGUCCUCCGGGCCUGGAGGUUCUGAGGGUCUGCAGGGGGAUGGAGUGGCUGGAGAGAGUUCUGCUUCUGGAACCCCAGGACUCUGAAGAGGACCAGAGGGUCCAGGAACUAGAAGGGACUGGGUCUGGGAGUGGUAAAGAGGCCCGCUUUGUGAUCAUUGGCUACCACUCGGUCCACCUUGUGGUUUGGGACCCUAUGAGGCAGGAAAGGCUGCUUUCAGUGCCCUGUGGAGGAGGCCAUCGGUCCUGGAGCAACUGCCCCCACCAGUAUUGCCUCUCAGUGGGCCAGGGGGCCCUGGUGUUCAUCAAGCAGGUGGUGGUCCUGGCAUCUCAGCCCUCAGGGGAGGCAUCCAGCCGGGCAGGGAGCCUGGGCCUGAGAGAGGGGCUGCUUGGCAGGGGAGUGGGCUGUGUGUGUCGCAUGGGGGUGGUGGAGGCUGGAGAGGGCUGCAGGGAGGUGCUGGUGACCGGAGGAGAGGACACCAGCUUGAUCGUCCUGGCGGUCCGACUGCAGACAGGUACGGUCAGAGUGCUGUCGGUCCUCACCGACCACAUCUCUAAUGUUCGGACACUGACAGCAGUCAAACGAUUGGAUGGAAGGACUGACAGAGGGACAGAUGAACAUACAGCAACACAGGCCCUCUCUGCACUGUUCGUAUCUGCGGGUGGGUGGGCUCAGAUGCAGUGCUUCCGGCUGCUGAUUGGAGGAAAUGGAGAGUUAGGCCCGCCCUCCUGUCAGGUGAUACAGCAUUUACAGGGGGGUAAUGCAAAUGCUGUGAUGUGA